GGCGUCAUACUCUUGCUGUGUGUCAGUUGCCAGUCCUGAGCUAAACAAAAGCAGUAGGAAGAAACAAGGCAAAUAAUCUGUUCAGAGGGUGUCAGAAAUCUUCCCCAGACGCAUUCCAAUCUCUGAGGGAAAAAGUUUGCAUUCAUUGGAGGCCACGGUCACCGUUAUUACGCAGGAUUAGCAUUCAGAUCUAAAGUUGAACCUGCUUUUCUUUUCUUGCAGAGCCGGAGUGGCUAAGGGGCAGCAUUUCAGAUCAUAUUUCAGAUUUCUCUCAGACAAGCUGGGAAGGCGCGAGAGAGGGCUUGUUUCUUUUUUCCUUUCCGUCUCUAUUCCCGAAGAGCACAGAGAACCAACGAGGGUGGGAGGGAGGGAGAGCGAAUGAGACAGUGAAACGGAUAGAGCUCCAAAGGAAUUUUCAAGGAUUUCCCUGUAGCCCGAAGGAAGCGUUUUUGAAGCGGAGGUGAGGGAAAAGAAGGCUGAGAUGGACGAGCAGCCCCGGUUGAUGCACUCUCACGCUGGAGUAGGGAUGGCUGGACACCCCGGCCUGGCUCAACAUAUGCAGGAUGGCACAGGAGGAGCGGACGGAGAUGGAAGAAAACAGGACAUAGGAGACAUUUUACAGCAAAUAAUGACCAUAACAGACCAAAGUCUGGACGAGGCACAGGCCAGGAAACACGCACUGAAUUGCCAUAGAAUGAAACCUGCUCUCUUCAACGUCUUGUGUGAAAUUAAAGAAAAAACAGUGCUGAGUAUCCGCGGUGCCCAGGAGGAGGAGCCUCCGGAUGCCCAGCUGAUGCGGCUGGACAACAUGCUGCUGGCGGAGGGCGUGUCCGGGCCAGAGAAGGGGGGCGGGUCCGCCGCCGCGGCCGCCGCAGCCGCCGCCUCGGGCGCGGUCGGCCCCGACAACUCGGCCGAGCACUCGGACUACCGGGCCAAGCUGUCCCAGAUCCGGCAGAUCUACCACACCGAGCUGGAGAAGUACGAGCAGAUGGUAUCCGGAUGGAGGGGCAGUCAGAGUUACACAGGGAGUCGCGGCAGCGGAAACCAGGCGUGCAACGAGUUCACCACCCACGUGAUGAACCUGCUGCGGGAGCAGUCUCGAACCCGGCCCAUCUCGCCCAAGGAGAUCGAGCGCAUGGUGGGCAUCAUCCACCGCAAGUUCAGCUCCAUCCAGAUGCAGCUCAAGCAGAGCACCUGCGAGGCCGUCAUGAUCCUGCGCUCGCGCUUCCUCGACGCCAGACGAAAGAGACGGAACUUCAACAAGCAAGCGACGGAGAUACUCAACGAGUACUUCUACUCCCACCUCAGCAACCCGUACCCAAGCGAGGAGGCCAAAGAGGAGCUUGCCAAGAAGUGCUCUAUUACCGUUUCACAGGUAUCCAACUGGUUUGGAAAUAAGAGAAUCCGGUACAAGAAAAACAUUGGAAAAUUCCAAGAAGAGGCCAACAUGUAUGCUGCCAAAACUGCAGUCAGCGCUGCGAAUGUGUCUGCACAUGGAAGUCAAGCAAACUCGCCCUCUACCCCGAAUUCUGCCGGUUCUGCUGGUUCUUUUAACAUGUCAAAUUCCGGAGACUUGUUCAUGAGCGUGCAGUCACUCAAUGGGGACUCCUACCAAGGGGCCCAGGUUGGAGCCAACGUGCAGUCGCAGGUGGAUACCCUUCGCCAUGUUAUCAGUCAGACAGGCGGAUACAGUGACGGACUCGCGGCCAGCCAGAUGUACAGUCCGCAGGGCAUCAACGCGAACGGCGGCUGGCAAGACGCAACGACCCCCUCGUCAGUGACCUCGCCCACGGAAGGACCCGGAAGCGUUCACUCCGACACCUCCAACUGAUCCCUCUCAACGCGGCAACAAAAAAAAACACGCCCCAACGACAAACAGCAACCGCCUCGCCAGCAAUCCUUUCAGACCGGAGGUCAACCCGCCAAUAGCGAAAAUAGCAUUUCCCUCCGUUUCGGGAGCACUGUAGAUAGGCAGAAAAAUGAGAUGAUCAUCAGUACUGACAGUUAUUCAUGGUUAUUGUCUUGUCUCUUGGUAAAAAAAAAAAAAAAACAAACAAAACUAAACAAAUAAAAAAUCUCCCUCCUUCAUCAUGACUUACAAUCCCGCCGGGGUUUUUCACAGCAACAACAACAACAGCAAGAACGACAAAAAAAAAAACGUUUGUACAGUUUUUUUCACCAUGCAUACAGAGGAUCAAGGUUACCUUGAUGUAAUUAUUUCAGUCAAAACUAUAGAUAUAAUUAAACAGACAACCCUUAUCUUUAGAUUUAAAGGCUUUCACUCUACCUCUCAGCUAAAAAAAGAAGAAAAAAACUAAAACAAAAAAAAAAAUUAAACUUUUCUGUUCUAAUUUUUUGUUACCACUAGCAGAUAGUACCAGGUCACCCUCAUCUUUUCAGAUGUUCAAUUUUUUUUUUUUAUGGACACUCUUCUGUUAAGCUGUAUUACAUAUCUGGCCCUGAACAUGCAUUUGACCAUAGUCACCCCCUGAGCGAAAAAACGUAGUGGUGAAAUGAAAAAAGAAAGAAAGAAAGAUGGGCAAUUCUAUAUUUUGCAUGGCUUAUUGUAGCAAAGGAUACGUAGCUGCACAAGUUCUCAUUGGCUUCAGAGGAAAAGCAGAGGGCUAGACUGAACCCACUAGGAAGAAUACAAAAGCAAAACGUGCCAUUCAGCCCAACCCAGCUUACAGUUUGGAUUCUCCUGUGCUCUUCUCUGAAUGUGGGACCUAGUACCACAAGUCUCAAGUCUGAAAUUCGGGAAUCUCACUUGAAUUCCACUGGCUUAAAAGUCUGAGAAACCUUUUUCGAGCCCUGCAUAUGUGCACAUAUACAUUUCCACAUAGAUAUACGUAUUAAUUUUUCCGUUUGUUCAUGAAUACCAGAAUGCAUUUGACUUAAAAGCCGACAGUUAAAAAAUCACAAAAAAUUUAAAGUGACCUGUGGGUAUCCUUUCUCAACCAAUGUCUGGUAGAGUAUACUGUGCUCAUACAAAAUAUGAGUUACAAACCUUUCGCAGGUAUUUGAGAAAUCCAGUGUAGCCUUGAAAGGUCUUUCUGUCUAUAAAACCAAAAGCCAGCAUUACCAUUAAUUAUGUAAUCACAUAUUCUGGUCAUAUUGUAAACUGCAGUCCUCAGUCCAGUCCAGUUCUGUGAUGUCCGUUCUUAAUUAUGUAUUUUGCUGGGCUGUCACUGAGUUGGGAAAAAAAAGUACUAAGUGUUCCCUUGAAAUUGUGCAUCGGUUUAUCUCCCUGCAAAAUGACUUUAGUUUUGUCUCUGCCGUAACAGAGACCACCAUUCUCACAGAAAUGAAAGUCAUCCAAUAUUUGCUUUUGCUAAUCAAAGGAUGCGUGUCCAUUCAGCUGUACACAUCAGUGAUGCAGGGCACGAAUGACUGAAAUGAACUAAUUUAAAUGGAUCUCGGUGAUUAGAAAGCAAUUUUGCUACCAUUUAAACUACACGUUUUUCAUACAAUCCUUAUGCAAUAUCACAAAGGGAAUCAUUUGUAUUAAGAACAUCCAUUAUUACCACUAUACAUCAGAGACAUUUAUAGCCAAAAUGCUGCUGUUAACCAAAACAAUUAUGUAAUAAGUGCGAGAAAGUGUUUUUAUUCCGGUUUUUACAAAACGUUGAACAAGAUAUGUGGUCAUUAGUUACACUGCUUGUUUUGCGUUGUUGCGCAAAUCUCUGUGCAUCCCUCUUUGUUCACUGUCAGUGCUGGUGCUAUGAAUUAACUGAAAAAUCAUAUGAACUGAACUUGAAGUGAAGAUUACGUCAGGAAAUUCAAGUUUGCUUUUUUCAUCCGCGGCAGCAUGUUUUACCAGAGUCAGUUUAACUACAGAAGCGAUUAAACUUUUUAGAUUGAAGCUUUCCUCCGAGCUCUCCUUUUUCAGGUACCAACAAGGCAGAGCUGUCACACAAUAACCGUGAAAUAAUAUUUCAAGAAAUAAAAGACUUUAUUUGUAUUUUUUCCCAACAAGGGAUCCAGAUUCAACCAAUUCCAGCACCAGAAAUAGAAAUUCAGUCUGCAAUAAACCUUCCCAGCAAAUCUGUCCAUUUAGCAAACAAAUCUGAAAUGUGAAAUGCAUUUUCUCUCGCUUUCUUUUUUUGUCUUAUGUUUUUUUAUUGACGUUUAUGUACACUAUUGUCGAGUUUACCCAGCUGCAGAUUGCCUCCUUGCGCAGUUUUGCAUAUCCAUACAGACCAUUACUUUGAUACCAAAAACUGCAAAAGUUAAAAAGUUUAAAUUUCUCGGCAUUGCCAGCUUUAUUAGCAGUACCUUUCUUCGUUGCUUGAAAAUAGCGUCUUGUUAUCUGUCAUACUGAGGAACGUUUUUUAGGAAUGUUCUGGUAUUCUCAAAACCAAAAACACAGCCAGAGUUCUUGAGUGUUUAUAUAGAAAAAAUAAAAAAUAAUAAUGGAAAAACACCCGUAUGGCACACGUACAGAAACUGUUUGGAUAUAUUUUUUACAUCACCAUGCUGUGAGCGACAACACAUAUUUCUUUUUAUUUUAUUUUUUAAUGUUUUUAUUUGCUUUGUUACAGUACAGGACUACCUACAUUUUGUUUGUUCUCAUAUGUGAAUUAGCUCAAGAAUGCUCUAUAUAUGUAGAUGUGCACCUUUGUCCUUGUUUUGCUUUGUUGAAAAGGGACAGUAUCCAUUUUUCAAAUAAAUGCAGCUAAAUAUUUUAUAGGCAAGGGGAAAGGGGGUGUGCUUGCACAUUUGGGAUAUUAUCUACAAGAUUUACUUUGUACAUUCUGGUGCAUCUAUCGGAACUUCUGGAAAUGGAUACUGUCUUGUCAAGGUGAUGUGAAAAGUUAGUUUCAACAUUUAGUCAUGUAUUAGUGUUUUAACGAGACCAAAUCCUACUCAUAAUUAUUAUGCAAAAUCAGAAGGUAACUGAAACCUGCCACCUCUAGGUGAUUAGUACAUCACAGCACAGCUGUUGUGAGGUCAAAGGAGGAGUCUAUGUAAAGAACUUCUAUUUGUCUGUUGACAGUUCUAAAAAAAUACAUUUUACAUAUUGUGGCUCUGAAUAAUUUCAUUAAUAUAAAUAAUCAAUAUUGGAUUACAGAAAUAUUAUGUACUCUAUUAAGAAGUCAUUUUUUAGCCUGUAGUAAGGUAUAUUACAAUUCAUCCAGGAAAUCCUUUACCUCAAAAUGGCUGCAUUUAUAAUUUGAAUCCUCAGAUGUUCUGUACAGCUGUAUUUUUUGGACUAAGAUUUUACUUUUGGGGUGUACUGCUCCAUUCGUAUAAUGUUGGAAGGUAGUUUUUCACAGAAAGUAGCAGACUAAUAAAAUGAUUAUAUUUUGCUGCCCAGUAUUUGCCAACCUCCCCCUAUCUGUAUUCUAACGAAAUCCUAAAACUGUUUUUCAUCAUAGGGUCCUUGUGUAAAGGGGGGAAAUACAUUCUUCUGAUUUUGAACUGUACUUUUCACAUUGCCUGUCCAAUAUCACGGUAUUAUUAAAAGCUUCAUGUAAUGAUGCUUUUAGUUUUUGCAGAAAAAGAGAAAAAGUAUAUAUAAAAACGAAAAAAGAAAAGCUGAGCGAUUUUUAAAACAUCAAAUGUUUUCUUUGUUGCAUGUCUUUUGUUCUUUCAUAAAAUACUGCAGUGUUUUUGAAUGUUUCUUCUUUUUAUAAAGAUUUCAGAGUGUGAAAUCGGUGAGCCGUUCUCUGGCCCAGUUUUAACUUUUACGAUCUCUGCAUAUGUAAAAAGAUAUGAAAUGGAAACACAAAACUAGUGUCUUUUUGAUUCCGACUUAAAACUCCUUGUGUUCUGUGGAGAAAAAAAAACUAACAAGGUGUAGGUUUUAUGGUCUCUUCAUUUGUACUGGUAAUGCAUAUUCCAAAUAAAUAGUUUCUUUUGUUGCA